AUGUCCUUCUCGUUCAACUUCGCGCUGGAUGGCGCCACUGCGGAGGCGUCUCCGGCGCCCUUGGCCCCUUCUCCCGCCUCUUCCGGCGCCUCUGUGCCCACGCGCAAUGGAGAGCGCUUCGUCCAUUCCGCGUCUUCGUCGGCUUCGGCAUCGCCCGCCGCCUUCUCCGCCGUCCAAGUGGGCGGCGACCUGAGCUUCGACAUCGUCAACACGACGGACGCCGGCUUCCUGGCGCGCACGGGCGCCAUCAGCUCCAUCCUGAGCACGUCGGACGUGCAGACGGGCGUGUACGAGGGCGGCUUCAAGCUCUGGGAGUGCGCCGUGGACCUGGUGCGCUUCGUGGAGGCGCAGCUGCGGCAGGACGGCGCGCAGAUGCCCCCGGCGGUGCUGGAGCUGGGCUGCGGCCACGGACUGCCGGGCAUCCACGCGCUGCAGCGCGGCGCCCAGCGCGUGGUGUUCAGCGACUACAACAAGGAGGUGCUGGAACUCACGACGAGCCCCAACGUGCGCCGCAACGUGAGCGACCAGCUCUACAGCAAGGCCGAGUUCUACGCCGGAGCCUGGAGCAGCAUGACCGAGUACAUGAGGGACGUGGAGCACCUCAGUGAGGACCAGAUGCAGUUCGACCUCAUCCUGACGGCCGAGACCAUCUACACGGAGGCGGUAGCCGUGGAACUGUACCAGACGAUCAAGAGGCAUCUGCGCCGCGUGCCGCACGCCCGCGCGCUGGUGGCUGCUAAGAAGUACUACUUCGGCACCAAUGGCAGCGUGCAGCACUUCGUGGGGCUCGUGCAGGCUGACGGAGUGCUCCGGGCCGAAACCGUAUGGGAAGAGCGCAACUGCAGAUCUAAUAUUCGCGAGAUUGUGCAGCUCUCUUAUGCGGCCUAA